AGAUGGUGGUCUGUGAGUUGGUGGAGGACUGAGAUGAGCUGUGAUGACAGCUGCUGACGUUUGAUGGGUGGCUGCGGUAGAAGACAAGCUUGCAGGUGCAGGUGUGAGAGCCUCGAAGCUAACGUUGUUAGCUGCUUUAGCUAACCUUUCACCGGUUCUGAGUGUCCACUGACCCGCGGCAGAGAAGCAAGAUGUUUCGACCCAAGCCAACGUUGAAGGACCGACAGCAACUUUACAAACUCAUCAUUAGCCAACUGCUGUAUGACGGAUAUACCAGCAUCGCUAACAGCCUCAUCAACGAGGUCAAGCCGCAGAACGUCGUGUCUCCUUCCGAGCAGCUGAUGCAGCUCGCUAAGAUCGGGAUGGAGAACGAUGACAGCGCCGUACAGUACGCGAUCGGACGCUCAGACACAGUGGCGCCGGGGGUCGGCAUCGAUAUGGAGUUUGAUGCGGACGUCCAGACCAUGUCACCGGAGGCGUCGGAGUACGAGACCUGCUACGUCACGUCUCAUAAGGGGCCCUGCCGGGUGGCCACUUACAGUCGCGACGGCCAGCUCAUCGCCACUGGCUCCGCCGACGCGUCCAUCAAGAUCCUGGAUACAGAGCGGAUGCUGGCGAAGAGCGCCAUGCCUAUCGAGGUGAUGAUGAAUGAGACGGCUCAGCAGAACAUGGAGAACCACCCGGUGAUCCGAACCCUGUAUGACCACGUCGAUGAGGUGACCUGCCUGGCCUUCCACCCCACAGAACAGAUUUUAGCUUCUGGGUCCCGGGACUACACCUUGAAGCUGUUUGACUACUCCAAACCUUCUGCAAAACGAGCUUUCAAAUACAUCCAGGAGGCUGAGAUGCUGCGCUCCAUCUCCUUUCACCCUUCGGGGGACUUUCUGCUGGUGGGAACGCAGCACCCGACGUUGCGGCUUUACGACGUCAACACCUUCCAGUGCUUUGUGUCCUGCAACCCACUGGACCAGCACACGGACACCAUCAGCGGGGUCAGCUACAACCCCAGCGCCAACAGCUAUGUCUCCUGCAGCAAGGACGGCAGCAUCAAACUGUGGGACGGCGUUUCCAACCGCUGCGUGACCACCUUCGAGAAGGCACACGAUGGGGCGGAAGUCUGCUCCGCCAUUUUCUCCAAGAACUCAAAGUACGUCCUGUCCAGUGGGAAAGACUCGGUGGUCAAGCUUUGGGAGAUCUCCACAGGCCGGACUCUGGUCAAGUACACAGGUGCGGGGCUGAGUGGCCGUCAGAUGCAUCGCACCCAGGGCGUGUUCAACCACACCGAGGACUAUGUUCUGCUGCCCGACGAGCGCACCAUCAGCCUCUGCUGCUGGGACUCCCGCACGGCUGAACGGAAGAACCUGCUGUCUCUGGGCCACAACAACAUCGUCCGCUGCAUCGUCCACUCGCCCACAAACCCCGGCUUCAUGACCUGCAGCGACGACUUCAGGGCCCGCUUCUGGUACCGCCGCACAACCACAGACUGAAUCCAGGGGGAGGGGGGUCCAACUGCAUCGGAGCUCUCCGUCAUCUCAUCCAACAGUUUUGUUUUCCUGAGGGGGAAUGUUUUUAAUUUUUUUUGAUGAAAAGGUUCUGAGCAUAAAGACAGCUGGGACUUUAGGAGGGAAGCAAUCUCAUAACUCACAUUUCUGUUUCUUUAGUGUCCUUAUCACUUUUGUAUUUUAUCUCUUUUCUUGAAAUGCCAAUUUUUUUAAAUAAAGAGUUCAAAUGAUGAAA